AUGUCGACGGGGGAGGAAGACGGAGAACCGCUAAGCCCAAUGGCGCGUGUGUUUCAAUUGCCAGGCAACGACUGCUGCAUUAUCACCGUUAUCGGUUGCAAAACUAAGAUCAAUGCUGACGUCAUUCGAAGUGGCUUGAACCAGAAUGUUUUCAAGCAUCCUCGUUUCUCAAGCAAACUGUUUCAGUCACGAGAUGGUUUAAGUUGGAUUAAGACUCAAGUCAACAUAGAAGACCAUAUAUUUGUAGCAGAUAAAGACCAGAAUGAGAUUGCAGAAGAUGGAGAACUCUUUGUUGAGGACUACGUUUCACGUCUCACAAUGAUUCCUCUCGAUAAAUCAAGACCUUUAUGGGACAUUCACAUCCUAAACGUCAAAACAUCUGACGCAGACGCGGUAUGUGUAAUAAGAUCUCACCAUUCGUUAGGAGAUGGAACAUCCCUCAUGUCUCUCUUAGCUGCAUGCACUCAGACAACAUCACACCGAGACAAAGCUACUAUUCCAGCUCUUAAACGGCGUAAAAGGGUGUAUAAAGACAAAGUCUCAUGGUUCGUAAGGUUGAUACUAGCCAUCUUUUCAUCAGUGAGAUUGAUUUGGAACACUUUUGUGGAUCUUGUGCUGUUGUUGGCGAUUGCUGUUUUCUUGAAGGAUACAAAAACGCCUCUAAAAGGCGAUGUGGGCGUCGAGAGUAGUCCGAAGAAACUUUGUCACCGGACUGUCUCACUGGAUGACUUAAGAGUUAUAAAGGAAGCUAUGAGCAUGACUAUCAACGAUGUUCUACUUGGAGUUACACAAGCUGCUCUUUCACGCUACUUGAACAAUUUUCCUGGUAAAAUACGACUUACCGCAGGUGUUUUUGUAAACCUAAGGCCCGACAAGGGAAUCCAGCCACUGGCGGAUAUGAUGGCGAAGAAUUCAAAAUGUAGAUGGGGAAAUUACUUCAGCUCUAUUAGCUUCCCCAUCUCGAUCUGUUUAGAGGCUGAUCCAUUAGUGUACCUAUCAAAGGCUAAAUCAGCUAUGGAUCGGAGAAAACACUCUCUUCUACCUGCUUUAGCAUUUUCGAGUACUGAAUUCAUCUUCAAUACCUUCGGAGCUAAGUUAGGUGGGACAUUACUCAAACGUCUUGUUUCGAACACAACCACAUUCAUUUCAAACAUGAUUGGGCCUACCGAUGAAAUCAGUUUUCAUGGCCAUCCUAUUGUGUACAUCGCCCCAAGUGUCUAUGGACAUGCUCAUGCAUUGACUAUACAUUUCUUAAGUUAUGCGGAAAAGAUGGUAAUCUCCAUUGCGGUCGACCCGAAUGUCAUACCAAGUCCCCACCAGCUUUGUGAUGAAAUAGAGGACUCUCUGAAAGCUAUCAAAGCCGCUCUCCUAGAAAGAGGAUUACUCUAGUAGUGUGGUAUUGUUUUUAUUUUCUAAUCUAUAUUUAAAAGUGGUAACCUACGGGCAAUAAAACUUUUUUUUUGUAAACCAUCUGUAUAAAAACAGUCGCUCUUUUACAAUUACUAAAAUUUGGAGUUGAUAGCUCAAACACGGUACUACCAUUUAACUAUCAAAGAAAGUACUGCGAGUAUUCUAAGUUCGGAGUGAGAGUCCACUGGCAUGGAACAAUAGGUAUAUCCACUGUAGAAACGCAAUUUCUACAAUAGGACAAACUGAUAAUUGUAACAUUUUACAUAAAUAAAUAGAUAAAUAUAAAUACCAAUAUACAAAUUUGGAUAGGAAAAGAGUUUUCAUAGGAAAAAUACUCUUUUUUAAAAAAUUCUGUAAGAGCAUCUCCAAUGUAUUACUCCAAAUUUUACUCCAAAAAUAGUGUAACUUCAAAAUGGAGUUGAGUUUUACUCCAAUGUAUUGCUCCAAUUUUUACUCCAAAAAAGAAUAUUCAUUUUUAUUUAGUUAAUAAUUGUUAGUAGUACCUUCAACUUAUAAAAAAUUAACAAUUAACCCAACUAUUUUAUGUUUACAAACUUUCCAUGAUAAUAUAUUUUAUGUAAAUUAAAUAUUUAUCAUUAAAAAUAUAACUAGAGAUUAUCUUCCAUUUUCAAUUCGUGCAGUUUUUAUCAUAUGCAAUUUUUCUAAUUCAAAAAUAUUUAUAUGCAUUAAAAGAACAUAAAUAAAAAAAACAAAGUUUUACUUUGUAAUUUGAAUUAUGUAUUGGGUCCCAUUGUUUGUGCAUAUAUCAAGUUUAACAAG